AUGAGUAAAGCGCUUGCCAAGUUUAAGAGGAAUAAGAAGGCUGAUCCCUAUGAGAAGGCUGCGGAGUCAAUAUUCUUGUCAUACUUUAUUCUUGUGGUAGUCGGAGAGGAAUUUAGCUCCACUUCGGGAAACAAACUAUUGCAGGAUAUAUUUGAAAAACGUGCAAAGGCCUACGCAGAUGCUGGUUUAAGUUUUGACGAUUUAUGCUCGCCAAUGUUGCUGAGUAAGGGUCAAGAUGAAUUGUUUUAUGGCUUUUGGGGACAAGUUUUGAAUCGAUCUCAAAAAUCAAAAUCAUCAGGAGCAGCCACAGCAACCAAGAUUAUUCAUCACUGGAAAGAACUGUUCUUUCAAAUGAAUGAUCCUCGAUUUCAACCUGAUGACAAAAACAAGAAAAAACAAACAGAGGAACCCUCGCCCGAAGAAAAAAAGAAGCUUCUUUCACAGCCAUCCAGGUUUUUUAUUGUAACUUCGAACAUUGAUGCCGAAUUUGUUAAAGAAGGUUUCAAAGAGAAUGAACUGUAUGAAACCAGAGGCAACGUGUUGACAUGGCAAUGUGCAACGCCAUGCUGUAAAAACACCUUCAGUGCGAGAGAGGAUUUUAGAUUUGAAAUUAAUCAAGAGAGUGGUCGUGCACCUCCCCUUAAAUAUUCAGACAAAUCUCAUCAAAAGAAGAACAUUUCAGAUUUUGAUAGUAGUACCUUACAACCCACCACCACAGAAUUUGCAACUCUCGGUGAGGAAGAUUUCGAUUUUUAUUCUGCAACAGGGAAAACAGAUUAUUUUCGAAGCAGAUUGUAUAUGGAUAAACCAGGGUUCUCGAUGGGAAAUAAUGGCAUGCAAGAAAAAUUAUUGCCAUCCCAAAUUGGAGAAAAACGAGGAGCCUAUUAUCAAUUCUUUGCUCCCAAAGAUGUGCCAGACAAAUUUAAAAAUCCUGAAAAUUAUCUGAGGCCUGGCUCUGCAAAACGUAUUUCAUAUGUGUAUGGAAAGAAUAACUAUGUGUUGGGAUCAUUGGUAGAAAUUGGAAAAAUGGCAGAGCAAGCAUACACGAACGGAGCAGGCAUACAAUCGGGUCUCACAAGCCGAAGCCUUAUUGAGAGGCGAGAUGCCGUUCUACAAAGAUAUAAUUUAAUUUAUGACGAGUCUGAUGAAGAGGAGAUUCCCAAGUCAGCCAAAAACAAUGUACAUAAGACUAACAGUUUAAAACUUGUAAUUGAAAAUAAGAGCGGACAAGAGACAAAGCUUGAACAAUUUUCGGAGGACAUUCAUACUACUUUGCAUGAUUUUGCAUUUUCAGGAGAAAUUGAACCAACGGAAGAGGGUUUUAUGGAAGUGACAAUUAUUGACCCAAUGAUUCAUUAUCAUCAAUUUUACACUGAUCUUCACAAUACUGACGAAAUUGUGACAGAGAAGGAUGUGUUAGAAUUUCGGAAAAAUCCACUUCCCAUCAUUCCAAGAGAUCAAACUCUAGUGGCAGGCUCUGCAAAUGUCACAUACAUCAUUUCCAUUCAAAUCAUUAAUCUAGAUGACGAAUUGAGCGAGGAACCAGCACUCUCAUACACCAGCAAAGUAUGUCCAACCAUUCGAAGGAAGAGAGAAGAAGACGGAAUAUUUGUUGACUCUGUCAUCAUUAAUGUGAACGAUGCCAUUGCAAAUAUUGGAGGUAGCAGUAAUAUUGGUGCAGAGAAACACGUUCUUCCUACACGUGGAAAAGUGAGUGUUGUCGUUCAACCAUCCAAACCAAAAGAGAAACGCAAGUCUUCAGUGCCGUCACUUCCAAAGGUUAUACGAGUGGAAGAACAACCAUGGCAACUAGUUGGAGAAUAUAACAUGCGUUUUCUUCUGGAAACUCCUCCUUCAUACUCCGCCAGCAAGCAAGCAUCUAACAUGGGGAGUAAUGGCAAUUCUCAGCUCUUUAAGGUUGGUUCGAAAACUCAAACUCCCCUUGUGAACGUGCGAAUGUUGGAUAUUUCCCUCAAAACACGAGAUUCUGUGCAUUCUCUAAAACUGCGUGCCAUACAGGGAGGGGAAGGUCGAAGCGUUGAGUUGGCCACCUUAUUUGUAGACAUGCCAAUCACAGACUUUUCUACCGCGAAUCCAGUACCUCAAUUAAGUCAAGACAAGAAACCACCAAAUACAACAACCACAACAGCAUCAACAUCGUCUCCUAAUACCGCAACCUUUACACCUAACACUGCAUUUUCGCAACAACAGUCACCAAACACCUUCAACACUCCGAAAUCCUCAGUUUUUACAGAAAAUAUAGAUUUUUCUUCCAGAAAAACACAACCUCAUCAAGUAUCUGACCUACUCAGUGGCCGUGUGAAAUCUGCUGAAGAUAUAGACCUGUACAAUCCUCGAAAACAACCCAUCAUUAAUCGAAUAUUUUGUGAGACGUGUCGAGGAGUGGCUAGACCUCGUGUGAAAAUGAAUCUCACUGAUGACAAAUGGAUCAAGACCAGUAUCAUGCCUUACAAAACAUGGAGUACCAAAGUGAAAAAGGCCAUUCAAGAAGAGGGAAGAUCUAUCGUUGUCUUGGAAGUUGGAGCUGAAGCCAAACUUCGAGCCAUUACGGACAUGAUUUUAAAACAAAAUUCAGACAGUGCCGAAAUUAUUCGAAUUAAUCCCAAACUUCGAGUCGUACGUGGCCAAAAAGAAGUGUUAAAAAUUCCCUCUGGAGCAGAAGGCCAAUAUAAUGUGAUUGAAGAUCCAUCGAGUUCAGCUGCCAUCAAAAAGAUUGAUCAGUAUUUAACUGAAAUUAGUGAACGUUUUUCCUCUAGAGUGUAA